AUGAUAAAGAGGUCCCUCCACACCACUGUCCAGCUCCACGCUGUGAAGCCAGUUUUCAAGCCUCAUAAUUCUAGAAAAGGAAUAAAGACAUUUGACGACAAUUUCAAUACGCUGGAGAAAAAAGAUGAUCGCAAAAUAUGGGAACGCAUGAACAUCUCCAAGGAUGAGUUCUUCAUCAGAAAGUACGGCAACAUCACGGCAGAGGAGAGAAAAAAGUUGGAUCAGAAAGUUGCAAAGCAAAGAAGACUACGUGAAGAGCGCCGUAAACACGAGCUUGGUGAUGCCUACGAGGAACGGACGCGGAGAGAGCCUGUUUCUCUUAACCCGCUUUCUGAGUACGUGUUUGGCACUCACCCUGUCAUUUCAGCUUUAACAGCUGGAAAACGAGAUUCAUUCAGCAAGCUCUAUACGUUCAAUACGCGAGAGCACACUGGCAAGAUCUUACGUCUUGCCGAGAAGUAUGGCAUCAAGGUUGUGGAGAAGAAGAGCAAAAUGGAGAUGAACAAACUCAGCUCGAAUGGAGUUCACAACGGAGUUGUCUUGGAAACAAAGCCCCUCAGGCUCCAGACCAUCUUUAAUGUCGAUACUUUCGAGGGUGAGUACGAUGUGACUACCAUCAAUGAGGAGACGGGUGCCAGAGAGAAAAAUAGGUUUCCACUAGCUAGGGGAAUAACCAGACCCAAAAAAGAUAUCCAUCCUCUUGGGAUCUACCUCGACGGCAUCACCGAUCCCAUGAACUUUGGCAACAUCGUCAGAUCUGCGUACUUCUUGGGUGCUGACUUUAUUGUUGUUCCAAGCCAGGAUUCAGCACGGAUAGGUCCUGUCACUGCCAAAGCUUCUGCUGGAGCCCUUGACAUGAUGUCGAUUUUCAAGACGAAUGAGACCAUGCCAUUUUUUGAUCGUAUGAAGAAGAGCGGAUGGAAUAUUGUGUCCACCACAUCAAGACCCAGUGACGCAGAGCUUGAAUCGAUGAAGGAAAAUCAUGCCAGUCAUCUCGAGAACAAGUUUGUCGAAACGAGUGACUUGCCAGUCUUACUCAGUGAAUCUCCUGUUCUCUUAGUCUUGGGUAGCGAGGGCAGUGGUAUCAAGAAGAACUUGAUGUUGCGUUCCGAUUACCUUGUUGCGAUGAAAAAGGGUAGGGCUGACGAUGAACACAAUAUUGUCGAUUCGCUCAACGUUGGCUCCGCUACCGCAAUGGUCAUCAGUCGGUGUUUGGACUGA